ACAAACAAGAAAGUUCGGUAAUUUCGGUUGAACUAAUACAAAUAGAAGUAGGGAAAUACAGAAUUUAUGAACGUAGUGCACUGUUAAUUAAUUCGUAUCGAAUUUGAUUAUAUAAUCGAAUAGUUUAUGUUCGCAUUCCGCGCGAAACGCAUGGACAAGAUGAAAACUGUCGAGCUGCUCGUCCUGCUGAUCACUGCUGUCAUCCUUCCAACAACGAUGGGAAAGCAGAUUCCUCAAAAGAAAGGUUUGGCUGAGAGCGGUCCGGAGCUGAUAAACUCGGAACUGUCCGAGCUGAUACUCCAUCAGCGUCAGAUUCUGGACGACACGAAUCUGACGGUUGUGGAUCUGGUGAAGGGGACGUUGGGCAACAUCGUCGCCUACUUUAAGAACUCCCUGGGGAAAGUGUACAUCUUCUGGAGAGAUUCGCUGACGAACGUCUUCUCCGUGGGCAGUCGACUCGGCAAGAACACGUUCACGAUGCUCGGCUACGUGCCCCGUCUCAUCUUCAGGUCGAUAGUCGCGCUCAUCCGUAUCGCUCAGCUCACCUUCACCGCUCUGAUAGACGGAUGCGUGGGCCUCCUCGACGUCGCCAACAAAGUCUCCAAGUACAGCAAAGGCUAUUACGAGACUAUAGUGGCGAUCAUCGCGGAAAUCCAGAGCGACAAAAACAUGCUGUUAAAAGUAUAAAACGAACAACAACAACAAAAAAAAACGUGUUUGAUUUGCUUAAUUCCACAUUAAACAGACUUACAAAUUUUUAUCUUAAUUCUAAACAAAUAAACCGAAACGAAGGCGAAAACUAAAUUCCAAAUUUAAUCAAGAACUAACAUCAUCAUCAUCACAAUGAGUCUCACGAAAUUCUUACUCCUCUGCACCGUCUCCAUCAUCUUAAUACAAACCUCUUCAGUUUCAUCAGGUAAUCAAGAACACUAAAUAAAUCAAUAAUUAACACUGUUUAACUAUUUCCAAAAGAAACCAGAGUAGGAUCUGCACUAGAUAAGGAGAUUCAACCAUUGAAAAGCGGAUUAUCAGUUACUCCUGAAAACGUCUUCUCAGUCAGAUCUAAAUCGGGCAACGAUGAUAACUGCAACAAAACUGGAAUAGUAAAGGUCACAUUUUGGGAACUGCUGCUCAUCAUCUUCUCCAACGGCAUCUCGAUUCUCACGAGCGUCUUCACCGCAAACUUCUUAGCCGUCAUCCCGAACGUUCUCAGAAUCUUGCAAGGUUUCGUUCAAUAUUUCUUCGGAAAAUAGCAUAAACUUUACUACAAUUACAAUUUAACAUAGUCUUAGUUACAUUCUUCAUUCUAUACAUUAACACUUAACGAAAUUCAU